AUGUUACAAGCUAUAAGUCGUGUGACAACGUUCUCCAAAAAUGGCCUCUCCAGGUCACUACCAAUAUUAUCAUUAUCAAACGGUCGCUAUGCUUCCUCUGAUCCCACGUGCAAGAAAGAGGCACCAAUAAUUGAAAAUGAUGCAGUUUUGGCGUUGCCAGAAGAGCGUCGAAUGCAAAAUGCUUUGGAAUCUACCAUCGUUGUGCCUGUUAAGGUAGAUCUUAGUCCCAUCACUGGGGUUCCCGAAGAACACGUAAAGACUCGUCGUGUUCGCAUCUACCAACCGCCCAAAAAUGCAAUGCAAAGCGGCACAAACAAUAUUCACCAUUGGGAAAUGGAGUUUGACAACCGUCAACGCUGGGAAAACCCCCUGAUGGGCUGGACCUCAUCAGGUGAUCCACUUUCAAAUUUAAAAAUCCAAUUUUCUUCACCUGAUGAAGCUAUCGAACACUGUGAGAAAAAUGGUUGGAUCUGGUAUAUUGAUGUUCCUAAAACGGAGAAAGAUUUGAGGCCAAAAAGCUAUGGACUUAAUUUCUCUUGGAAUCGACGCACUAGAGUCUCCACCAAAUAG